UCCGCCUCUGGGGCUGGGAGCCUCCGCGUCUUUCUCCUCUCCCUUUGGGGCGCUUGUGGGGCAGCAUCCAUGGCUUUUCCUGGGCUCCCCCUGAUGCUGCUGGUGGGGGCGCUGGCCAGGAUCCCCGGAAGCGAAGGGGGGAAGGAGACCCCCGCCCAUUUCUUGUACCAGGCGAAGGAGGAGUGCCUCUUCCUCAACGGGACGCAGCGGGUGAGAGUCCUGGCCAGAUUCAUCUACGACCGGCAGGAAUUCGCCCGCUUUGACAGCGACCGCGGGGAGUUCGAGGCCGUCACGGAGUUUGGGAAGGUGGAUGUGGACGCUUGGAACAGCGAUAAGCAGCGCCUGCAGAUCGCGAAAGCCGAAGUGGAUCGUUUCUGCCGGUACAACUACGGGGUUUUCCAGGGUGGUCCUGUGAUUGGCCGGAGAGCCAAGCCCACCGUCACCAUCUCCCCCACCCAGAUGGACCCCGCUUCCCCCAACACCAUCCUCCUCUGCACCGCGACGAGCUUUUACCCCGUGGAGAUCGAGGUCCAGUGGUUCAAGAACGGGCAGCCGGAGAAGGAGGGCGUGGCCUUUGGGGAGGAGCUCCAGAACGGAGACUGGACCUACCAGCUCCAGGUGAUGCUGGAGACCCAGCCCCAGCGGGGGGACGUUUAUGUUUGCAAGGUGGAGCAUGCCAGCCUGGAGGCCCCCAUCACCGUCCAGUGGGAGCCCCGUUCCUCCAGCUCUGCCAGGAGCAAACUCUGGACGGGGAUCAUGGGGGCCGUGAUAGGAGUGGCCUUCCUGGCUGUGGGGCUCUUCUCCUACCUGAAGAGCAAGAAAGCAACUCCCAUCCAACCACCUGCAGCACUCAUGAAUUAAUCCUGCUCUCCGAUGCAAAAGAAUAUUUUAUUUUUAAUCAAUGAUGACUCUUUGUCCUGUUUGCAACCUCUGAGAAAUGGAGGCUGAAGGUGGCAGAUUGGCAGCCUGGACCUUCUCCUGCUGGACCGCCCUCCCCCCCCCACAGCUUCCUUUCAGGGCCCAAGAAAGAGAGUUCUUGGGAGGGAGGGGUGGAGACCAUCUAGACUAGGGGUGUCCAACUCAAGGCCUGUGGGCCAGAUCCAAGGCAUCGGGCCAACGCUGCUUCAGCCUGGCCCAGCCCAUCCUGACGGGCAUGCAUGCACAAAGGAGGCGGCAGGCAAGGCUGGGCACAGAGGUGAGAGACCAAGCGAAGAGGC